AUGGCAAGAUUAAAGACUAGAAUUCAAUUUGGAGGACAGUUCAGAUGUAAAGUUGGCUAUAACACAGUUUGUUUAUUUAUUGUAGAAUGGCAAGAUUUUAGUCAAACACAUGGAUUAGAAUUUGCAUCACGUUUGAAUAACACAGCUUCCAAACUAUUCAAACCACCAAUUUUGACUAACAUCGCCUUACAGCCACUUCGUUUCCCGAACAACAUAUCGUUCAGUCCUGCACUUAAUAUUUCUUUCAAAAUUCAGUUUUUAGGAGAACCAAGUAUGCCAGAAACAAAAGCUAUACUUCUGAUAUUUGAAAGUCCAGUUUUGCAAAACCAAGCUUAUGGUAAUUUUAUCGACAAGGUGUAUAGUUUUCAGAAGGAUAUAAAUAAGGAUGACAGGAUUUACCGAAUAUUUAAUUUUCCCCAAUACAGGCCAGACUCGUAUGAUGUGGAGCGACCCAUUCCAAUUUCUUACCCUUGUCUUUAUGGAUUGGAUGACUGUGGUUAUGAUCGAAAGAUUUACGCAAUUACUCUUACUACUAUAACUAUGAAUAGUUCUUCAUAUUCAAAGUACUUUAAAUGCAGUAAUGUCACGUGUUUACUGAGUAGUUUGACAUAUACAGUUAGUGUAGUUCCAGUUCGUUAUAAUGAUUGGAAUACAGUUCCUGCAAAAGCUCGUAAUCCGGAUUUUGAGAAGUGGAAUGCAACAAUAGCGACAACUUUUUAUCCUACAGCUAAUGAUAUAUAUGUUGUUUUCGAACACAGGAAUACUUUCAGUUCAUAUUUUGUAAAAUAUACAGGCGGAAAUUACGAGAAAACUGUCUCGCAAAUCCACACCUUCCUAAAUCUUCCACCUGGACAAUAUGAAAUUCAGGUUAAGUGUUGUAGAGAGGACCAUUCAUGUAUCGAGUACAAAAGUUUCCAUGAAAUUAUAAUAGGUUAG